AUGGUUAACGUGAAUCAUGUCUCGAAAACUGAUAAAAAUGAAGUUUUUAAUUUGAAUAAACAUGAUAACGAAAUAGUUAGCACACUUUUAGCUACGGCUCUGGUGGAAGUAGAGGUUGACAACGGGAAAUUACAAAAAUUUAAAGUACUCUUGGAUCAGGGAUCUGAAUCUUGCUUUGUUUCGGAAAGAGCCGUAAGGACUUUGAAUCCGCGUUUUGAAAAAAUAAAUGCUUUAACCGUACGAGCCUUAGUAUUGCCUAGGUUAACUGCGUACCAUCCUCCUGCGAAGCCUAAAAAUUAUAAUGAAAUAAAAACGUUUUCACUUGCGGAUCCGAAUCUUUUUGAGGAUUCACCGAUUGAUUUCAUAUUGGGCGCGGAUAAAUUGGGAUCUUGUUUGCUACCGGGUCUAAAACAAGGUAUAGCAGGUAUUUUAACAGCGCAAUCGACAAUAUUUGGUUGGGUUCUUUCGGGUCCAAUUCAUGGUAUCUCAUCUUCUUUAAUGUAUUCUCCAUCAGUACAUAAUAGUGUUUCCAUAGAAACCUUGCAUGAUAACCUAGAAAAAUUUUGGCAGCUAGAAGAACUUCCAACCACAUCCUCUCUAACAGAGGAGCAAAAAAACUGUGAGCAACAUUUUAUUGAUACACAUCAAAGAUUGGUUACUGGUCGGUACAUGGUUCGUUUACCGUUUCAGGAACGUCCGCCCAUAAACAUUGGAAGUUCUCUCACUAAAUGUCGAAUAGUUCUCAAUCGAGUUUUGCAAAGGUUAUCAAAGGAUCCUGCUCAUUUGGAGCAGUAUAAGGCAUUUAUGGGUGAAUAUGAGAGUUUGGGUCAUAUGAGAUUAACCAAAAUCGAGGAUUCUUCUGAUAGAAAGCAGAUUGUUUAUUUGCCUCAUCAUUGUGUAGUUCGAGAGUCGAGUUCCACUACUAAAUUGCGAGUAGUUUUUAACGCCUCGAGUUUGACCUCAAAUAACACCUCUUUAAACUGUCAUCUUCACAUAGGUCCACCUUUGUCGAACAAUUUGGUCUCAAUUUUACUACGUUGGAGGGAGCAUAAGUAUGUUUACAUUGCAGAUGUUGAAAAGAUGUUUCGACAAAUUUUGAUUGAUCCCAGAGAUCUUGACUAUCAACGGAUCCUGUGGAAAAAUGAUCGAGAAGAGUUGGUCGCUUAUCAAUUAUUAACUGUUACAUAUGGAACUUCUUGUGCCCCCUACCUUGCAAAUAGAGUUAUAAGGCAAUUAAUAAUAGACUAA